AUGAAUAAAAGUUUUAUAGAAUUUUCUGAUAAGACAUUGAAUUAUUCAAGUGAUGACUCUCUAACCAUUGAUUCAUCAUUUCUUAAAUAUGAUUUACUAUUAAAUAGUGUGCCGUACAGUGGUAUAAUUUCAAAAGAGCCAAAAUCUUACGCAUUUCCUAAGUUUAUACCGCGUUUGUUGCUGGGCAAAAACCCAAUUAUUUGUGAUGAAGAAGUUUAUUUUCGCUUAUACGGUCAUAAAACUACAUUUAACCAAAAAAUAAAAAAGAAAGAAUAUUUUACAAAUGAAAAAGAAAACAGCAGUAACACAACUAAUAAUAAUCCCUCUGACAGUCUAUUUUUACGAACAGUGCCUGUUCUUAUUAACCCUGCCACAGAAUUGAAAUAUAAAAUAAACAUUCAUGACAUGGAUUCUCGCACGACAUGCAUGAUUAAAAAUAUUCCUAACAAAUAUACACAAAAAAUGUUAAUAAAUCUUCUCAAUGAGCAUCAUUUCGGAUGCUACGACUUUGUAUAUCUUAGAAUGGAUUUUAAAAAUAAGUGCAAUGUUGGUUACGCCUUUGUAAAUUUUACUUGUACAGAACACAUUAAAACAUUUUACAAAAAAAUUAAUAAUAAAGGAUGGAAAUUGUUUAGUAGCAAUAAAAUUGCAGAAUUAACUUAUGCAUCAAUCCAAGGAUUCGACAGCUUAGUAAAUAAAUUUAAAAACUCAAAUGUAAUGAAAGAACAGGAAUCUUAUAGGCCAAAAAUUUUUCAUAAAGAAGGAAAUUUAAAAGGAUAUGAAAAAUCAAUGUUUUAA